AUGACUGUCACUGAAUUGGUUCCCACUUCUUGUAGAUUGGUGUCAUUUAUAUUGGUUGGUGUGGCCGCGUAUGGAAUGGCUGCCAGCAAAGUGACCAGUAUUGCCAUAAUCGGGGGCAUUAUUGCCUGUGGAGACUGGUCGGCGCCCGAAAACACCAUCAAGUUCUCCUAUUUUUCUAUCGCCUGCGCCUGUCUGGCGUUCGGUAGUGAACAACAGUCACAAUUGGCUCAUAAGGGCUGGAAUACGGCCUCCAAAAAGACACAGCAAAGCGCCCAAACAUUUUACAAUUGUUGCGGUUAUGAGAAGGAAGAAGCGAGAACUCUUAAUAUUACCGAUUGUCCAAAUGUGAAGUGUUGCACUGAUGUAAACGACUGUUCAACUGACUGUGAAAUGUGUGCCCCGAAGAUCAAGAAAGCGAUCGCUAACGCACUGGAGAUCUCAGGAUUCGUUGGUUUGUUCUUCAGUUUCACAGAGUUUAUCGGUGUUUGGCUAACAGUGCGCUAUAGAAACCAGAAAAAUCCUCGCGCAGAUCCCAGCGCUUUCCUUUAAUAUACUAAUUGUUUGUCUUAUGAAACA